AUUCCUCAACCCUCAAAACUACCAAGAUGGCUGAGCAGACCGAGAAGGCUUUCCAGAAGCAACAGUUGUUCCAGAACGCCAAGUCUAAGGGCGGCAAGAAGAUUGCCACCAAGACCAAGCGAUGGUACAAGGACGUCGGUCUCGGCUUCAAGACCCCCAGCGAGGCCAUCAACGGUACUUACAUCGACAAGAAGUGCCCCUUCACCGGUGAAGUCUCUAUCCGAGGCCGAAUCCUCAACGGUAUUGUGCACUCUACCAAGAUGACCAACACCAUCAUCAUCCGACGAGAGUACCUCCACUUCAUCCCUAAGUACCGCCGAUACGAGAAACGACACAAGAACCUCGCUGCCCACUGCUCUCCCGCUUUCCGUGUCGAGGUUGGUGACCAGGUUACCGUUGGUAAGUACAGCUUGGUACAUUGUGGGAUCUCACUAAUGUCUACAAUCAGGCCAAUGCCGACCUCUCUCCAAGACUGUCCGAUUCAACGUCCUCCGUGUGUCCAAGAACAAGGCCGCGAAGGGUUUCGCCAAGUUCUAAGAAGCUUGACGAGUUUGGGUCUGGUAGUUUGGGGCGGUAGUGUGUAUCAUUGAUGCAUGGCAUAUCUAGGAAAUGGUUAUCGUGGGAUGUUGGGACGGGUUGGAGUCUGGGGAUGUGCCGUUUGGGCUGGCCAUCUGACUAGUGCUACUGCUUGUACACCGUUCCAGAAAAGAGGUCGCUGGUUGCAAUAAUCAUAACACAAGACAUUUGAGUCCUCUGGCCCGUCCGCGCAUUUUUGGGAAGGAUACUCUGCCCUCGCUGCAUCAAGAUUACCGAGUACACUUAACACAUAAUCUACCACCAUCAUGCCCACGCUGGGUCUAUCGUAAACAUCUUGCGGGUACAUCACUUGGCCAUGACUUGAUGACGGACUCAUGGCAGCGGUCCACGUAGCGGCGCUCGCCGUCCUCAUGUAACCGCAACGACAAAGACGUGCACAUA